AGGUGUAGGACAGGUAGGGUUAGUUAUGAGUGGUAAAUAUGAAUACUCGGUAUCCAGUGAUGGUUGGAUGUCGUUGUCUGCAAUGAAAAGAAAGAAAGUUGAACAACCAGCGCCCAAGAUAUCGAAGAUCCGAUAUUCCUCACUUAAAGUUCACCGUAUCUCACCUAGGAAGAAAUUUAAACAAUCGUCCAUGCUACACUAUGUGAGGGACUCUGGGUCAAAGAAAUUAAAAAGAAAACGUGAAAAUACCUCCCGUUCUGCGGUGGAAUUGAACACAGAGAAAUGUUAUGAUGAAAAUAAUGUUAAAGUAACGAAAGGUAACAUAAGCAAUGACAAUUCUGACUCCUACAAUGUGGAAAAUUUAUUUCAAACUUGUUCCAAAACGAAUAUAUCAAGAAACCUUUACAAUCAAAAUGCAAAUCACAAAGCUGCAGGAUUUGGAUCUAACCAGUUUAAACCGGUUCAAAAAGAUGUUUUAAACCCAGACGAACCAGUUAUAACCAAAGACAUCAAAGAAACAUCAUUUUCUCCAUUAAGUUGCUGCGCAAACUUACCAGAAAAGUUGCCAAAUCAGGAAAAACAUCUUCAAGUAUAUCCAGGGUCUUGUAAUAAAGCGUUAUCACCUCAAAAAUACAACGGAACUCAGGAAAAACACAUUAAAACUUAUUCACAGUCUUCCAAAAUAGCUUUAUCUCCUCAAAAACACAAUAAAAGUCAUAAAAAAUCUUCUCAAAUUUAUUCACGAUGUUCUAAUAAAGCGUCAUCCCCACAAAGAAACAACAGAAGUCAGAAAAAACAUUUUGAAACCUAUCCACAAUCAUCUAACAUAGUUUUAUCCCCACAAAAACCAACCAACAACAAACCAUUGCAAAACAAACCCCAACUAAAGGAGCCGGACACAUUAAAAUACACUGGUCAUGUUUCUUCUCAAAACUCUUACUUUCCAAACAACGACAAAGAAAAUAUCCCGGACCUUUGUUAUGACCUCACAAUGAAGUUUGUUGAGGAUUCAGAAGGACAAUUAAUAUUCGAUCGAAUGACGCAGAAACAUGGAAAUAAUGUAGCAGACACCCAUAGAGAUAGCAUGUACUUUGCAUUUGAACAUGGUUUAAAAAACAAGCCAACCAAUCAGAGCACCCAGAUUUUUAAUGGUUGAAAGUGAUUGGUUAUAUUUAUUACUAAUUAUUCUGUAUUUUAUUUACAUUUUAAUUUUUUUGGGCUUUUUUAAAGUUAAAUAAUUUUUAUAUUCUUAUAUUUUAUAUUUUUAAUGUUUUGAAUAUUUUGCGUCUUGCAAUAUUUUGCGCUACAGUGCAGUUUUUUUAUAUUUAAUCUCUUUCCUUCAGUGUAUUUUUAAUCAUAUGGAGACUUAAGGUUAAGUUAAUGGUUGCUGCGUAAUGUAGCUGGCUGUUAAAAGAUAGAAAUUUCAAAAACUUUUAUAUUUUCUAUUAAAGAUUGCUAGUGUUGAAUUAUUACCAUGUAUAAGCUAUUUAGCUGGGUAAGACUAGAGUUUUAAAUUGUUAUUAAAUCUGUUGUUUUACUUUUUUUUUUAAACCCAGCAUACCAGAGGUUUUGCUUCUAAAUUAGAAUCAUGACUGCGUUUGAAAACUUGGGGGUGAUGCCUGAGAUUGGGAAGAUGAUAAUGGAGAUUGGUUGGCUACUUCCAACUGAUAUACAAGCAGAGUCGAUCCCUUUGAUCCUGGGAGGCGGGGAUGUCCUUAUGGCUGCGGAGACUGGGUCAGGGAAGACGGCAGCUUUCAGUAUCCCUGUUAUACAGAUCGUGCAUGAAACGCUAUCGAGUACAAGGGGUGGUGGAGGUAUGAAGGGUGGCAAUGCAUUGCCUGCUAUCUUCAACACCUGGCAGAUGAACCCAUACGACAGAGGAAACGCAUUUGCGAUUAGUUCUGAUGGUUUGUUGUGUCAGUCAAGGGAGGUGAGGGAAUGGCAUGGAUGUAGGUCAACCAGGGGAGUUACUAAGGGCAAGUAUUAUUAUGAGGUAUUAUGCAAGGAUGAAGGUUUAAACAGAGUAGGUUGGUCAACACUGUCAGCAGAUUUAAACCUUGGUACUGAUAAGGAUGGAUAUGGCUUUGGGGGAACGGGGAAAAAAUCCAACAGUCGUCAGUUUAACACGUACGGUGAACCUUUCACAAUGCAUGAUAUCAUUGGCUGUUUCUUAGAUAUGGAUGAAGGUAGAAUCAAAUACUCCAAAAACGGCAUCGACCUCGGCCAUGCGUUUGACAUACCUGGUUUCCUAAGAAAACAACCAAUGUUUGCCGCUUGUGUUUUAAAGAACUCCGAACUUAGUUUCAACUUUGGUGGUGAGCCGUUUAAAUUCCCACCUAGUGGCCAGUUUGUCGCACUUUCAAAGGCCGGCGACCAAUCAAGCGUAACAAGCGCUAAAACUGGAUCCGCUGUCGUUAAGAAGCAAAACACAAAGAGAUCCAACAACUCUCCUUAUGCGAUCAUAAUUGAGCCUUCCCGUGAGCUGGCGGAACAAACGGCAAAAAUUAUUAGAGAUUUAAAAAAAUUCGUUCAAAAUCCAACUGUGUCUGAAGUCCUCGUGGUGGGUGGUGUGCCUGCAAGUGACCAGUUAAAGUUGAUUCAACAAGGAGUUGAUAUUUUAAUUGGGACGCCGGGUCGAGUGGAUGAUUUUAUCUCAACUGGAAAGAUCGAUUUAAGCCAAGUAAGGUUCCUUGUACUCGACGAAUGCGAUGGAUUAUUAACAGCUGGUAGCGGGGGGUUUAUCAAACGAACACAUUCCCAUAUACCACAGGUAACAUCUGAUGGGAAACGUCUCCAAGUUAUCGUAUGUUCGGCUACUUUGCAUAGCUUCGAUGUUAAAAGGCUUGCUAAUGAGAUCAUGCAUUUCCCUGUGUGGGUGGAUUUGAAGGGUGAAGACUCAGUACCUGAGACCGUCCACCAUGUUGUUGUUCCCGUGGAUCCCAUAAGGGACCCUAGUUGGAUGGGGUUGCGCAAUCAUGUACCGACCGACGCCGUGCAUAAGAGAGAUAACGUUGACAGCAGAGCUAAGGAAACUAAGGAGAAAUGGUCGGAAGGGAUCAAAAUAUUGAAAGGCGAGUAUUGUGUUCGUGCGAUACGCGACCACAAAAUGGAGCAAGCGAUCAUAUUCUGCCGAACGAAACUCGAUUGCGACAACCUUGAACGAUAUUUCAAACAAGUUGGUGGUCACGAUGACCAACUAUCGUGCGUGUGUCUGCAUAGUGAUCGGAAACCUCAUGAAAGGAGAGGGAAUUUGGAGAAGUUUAAAAAUCGGAAGGUGCGACACUUGAUAUGUACAGACGUAGCAGCGCGUGGCAUCGACAUACGAGGCGUUCCAUUCGUUAUAAACAUGACGCUACCUGAUGAUAAACAGAACUAUGUCCAUCGCAUUGGGAGGGUGGGGAGAGCUGAGAGGAUGGGGCUGGCUAUCUCGCUAGUGGCUACUAAGCACAAGGAGAAGGUCUGGUAUCACAGCAAUUGCAAUAAUAAGGGCAGAGGUUGCUUCAAUACAAACCUCACUGAUUUUGGUGGUUGUUGUAUUUGGUACGAUGAGAACGGCUUACUCGGAGACAUUGAAUCUCAUCUGAAAAUAACAAUCGAACAAACAACCCCCAAAAUGGAAAUCCCCGUUGAUGAGUUUGAUGGGAAGGUUGUAUACGGCAGCAAGAGAUCAAAGUCCAACAUCUCCAAAUACAAGGAUCACACUGACAUACUGGCACCUAGUGUAAAGGAACUACAAGCAUUAGAGCGAUCUACACAAACCUCAUUUUUACAAAUGAGGAUGAAUAUGUCAAGAAUAUUAAAAGGAAAUGUCUGGUAUCACAGCAAUUGCAAUAAUAAGGGCAGAGGUUGCUUCAAUACAAACCUCACUGAUUUUGGUGGUUGUUGUAUUUGGUACGAUGAGAACGGCUUACUCGGGGACAUUGAAUCUCAUCUGAAAAUAACAAUCGAACAAACAACCCCCAAAAUGGAAAUCCCCGUUGAUGAGUUUGAUGGGAAGGUUGUAUACGGCAGCAAGAGAUCAAAGUCCAACAUCUCCAAAUACAAGGAUCACACUGACAUACUGGCACCUAGUGUAAAGGAACUACAAGCGUUAGAGCGAUCUACACAAACCUCAUUUUUACAAAUGAGGAUGAAUAUGUCAAGAAUAUUAAAAGGAAAAUCAUAA